AUGGAUGACUCAACGUCCGCUGAUAGCCAAAUGACCGCUAUUCAGCACAUGCAAAGCUGGCUAUCGGCUUGCGAUGAACAACACACAUGCAAUGCUCUCACAUCAGACCGGCCUUCUUGGCUUGUCGAUACAGUGGAGUAUUGUAUCGUACCUGGAAGUAAUCCAAAUAAUUAUGUCGCACUCAGCUACACCUGGCAAGACAGUGCAUCAUCGGAAAACGAGGAGCCCUUUCGACUACUCGAGGAUAACCUAAAGAUCUUGACCCAGCCUGGUGCGUUGCGCAACGCCAGUCAAUCACUACCAAAAGUUAUUCUCGACGCCAUGGAACUGACAACCCGUCUUGGUCAGAGAUAUCUUUGGGUGGAUCGACUCUGCAUCAUCCAGGAUCAAGAGAUUGCAACAAUAUCUGAAGUUAUGCGUAUGGAUCAGGUAUAUGCGGGGGCGUACGUGACUAUAGUUGCUGCAGCGAAGUUUGGCCUUUUUGACAAACUGACUGCGACCCUGAGCGAUCCCGGAUUUAAAAAUAAAAGGAAAUUCAACGGACAGUCGUGGGAAAUUCGUGCUCAUUAUUCAUCAGUCGCCGAUUCAAAAUGGGCAGAGAGAGCUUGGACAUAUCAAGAAGCAAUUCUCAGCAACCGUGUUAUCUUUUUCUGCAAUAGAACAGCUUUCUGGCAGUGCGAAUGUGCAACAUGGGAUAUGGGGUUUCUUUCUCCAGGAAAGGUUCUUGACGAGUCUACGUCAACCAUGUCAGAAUUUUCGCUCAUGAGAAGUUUCUCAGUGCCAUCAUAUCCUGAUUUCGGUCUGUACAUGGAUCUCAUUUGUCCAUACAAUGGACGCAAACUCACGGAUGACAAAGAUGGUCUCUCCGCAUGCCUGGGUAUCCUGAACCGUCUUGCUCCAAGCUUUCCAGGUGGAUUUAUGCACGGUCUACCAGCCCUUUUCCUUGACUACGCGCUUCUAUGGCAGCCAUUGAAAGACUGCUAUAGAAGAACUAGCACAUCUAAAAACGCUCGAUACCUUCCAUCCUGGGCAUGGUGUGGAUGGGAAUGUUUCGUGGAUCCUUGGAGUUUCCAAGCUAGCUUCUGUCUUGAUAGCAACGAUAGUUUACGGAAGGAUAAAGCAGGCUCUUGGAAAUUACAAAAUCUUGUCACUUGGGAGGCCAGCUCCUCUGUAAGCGGAUCUGAUUGGCUCAAAGAGACAACUGAUCAACUUUCAACGAAUAUUCCUCAAUUAUCAAUCCCGGACGUACAACGAAAAGAGAAAAAUAUCACCGAUCCCGACCGCAAACUCACCACACAUAGUAGUAUUUAUAAUGACAUAGAAUCAACAUUUUUAUCCUGCUUAACAGAACAUGCAUUUUUUCUUCCCUCGGCGACUUUAAGAAUCGAGGACAAUCAACCGCCUCUCAAACGCGGCAUCAUGCACGUAUUCACGGAACCCAUUCUGAAUGAAAAGCCCCUGUCAAGUUUACCAAGCGUAAUCGUUCUGCAAAAUCAGAAAGGUGUGUUCUGUGGUUUGUUACGCAUCACAGGAGAUGCGGAGUAUGAGCGAGGUACGCCCAUGGAACUGGUUGCUAUCUCGGAGGGUAGUGCCAGCCUCAAAGACAUGGCGAUGUGCUUUGAGGAGAAGGUUUUUCAAAAUAGUCAAUAUUGCCACCCUGGUCCAUUCAAUGCCGAAUAUGAUUCCGAAGGAUGGUGGACUGGUGUAUCGGGUGGCUCGUCUAUAUGGGGCAAGGAAAACUACGAGGUUAUUAUUGAAGGGGAGUACGAAGAGAACCUCAUCCUCCCUGAUGGCUGUUUAUGUAAGGAUUGCUUGUGCGAGGCGCAUCUAGAAGGUAACGCAAUUCGUGAGUUUUAUAAUGUUCUCUGGGUACGAAGAGAAAACGGAAUUGCGCAUAGAGUAGGCUGCGGGCGAAUAAUUAAAGACCGUUGGAGGCAAAAUGAUCCGGAAAAGACGAGAAUUAUUCUCAACUGA